CUUAGCUCGCUAGCUGCUAACAAAGAGACAAAGCGGAAGUGAUCGACACGUCGCUAAGUGUGCGUGUAAAGUGUGAAAAUGUGCAAAGUAGAAAUGCUGAGAGUGUUGGUGAAGCAGCGACUAACUGCUGCUGUGGAAGAAAUAUUUGUAGUGUUAGAAAGAACGAUAGCAGAAUACGAGGAGGAACUUUCUAGAACAAAAGAGGAGAACGAGCGACAACGUCAACUACUGGACGCUCUUUUCAACAAACAUGGAGAAGAACUACACGCAGCAGACGUCAGUGUUGAACAUCUUCCUCCUGAGCAGCAGGAGUGGAGCUCCGGGAGGGAGCAGGAGGAAGCACAGCCCCCCCACGUUAAAGAGGAAGAGGGUGACUACAGCAUCAGUCAGGAUGGAGAGCAUCUUGAAGGACUGGAGGAGAUCCCAGUGAUUGGUGUCAUCGUGAAGAGUGAAUAUGAUGAGGUCAAAGGUGAAAGUGAGGCUCCAAGCAGCAGCUCAAGUCAACACCUGACAAGAGAAGGUGAUGGUGGAGGAUCACAAGCAGACUUAGCUCCACUGUCAGAGAGUGAGCACACAUCUGCUGACACUGACGAUGAAGACUCCAAAGCUGGUCGGACGUGUCACGCUGACAACGCUCGCUUUCAAUGUUCUUUCUGUGACAAGACAUUUGGCAAGGAGAGAAACCUGAGAAGCCACAUGAGAUGUCACACUGCGGAGAAACCUUUCAUGUGUUCAGAUUGCGGUAAAACAUUCUCCAUGAAAGGGCACCUGAUAAGACACACGAGAACGCACACUGGAGAGAAACCAUUCGCGUGCUCGGUUUGUCACCAGACGUUCUCGCGGAAGGCAUCUUUGAUAGUACACACGAGGACACACACCGGGGAGAAACCUUUUUCCUGCGCGGUGUGCGGUAAAAGUUUCACUCAUCGGUCAAAUUUGAUGAGGCACGCGCGAGGGCACACGGGGGAAAAACCGUACGCCUGCCCGGUGUGCAACAAGACGUUUUCUCAAAACGAAUAUUUGAUAGCGCACAAAAGAACACACACUGGCGAGAAACCGUUUCCUUGCUCGGUCUGCCACACAUAUUUCCGUGAUCGUUCGGCACUGAGUAAUCAUGUUAGGAGACACACUGACGAAAAGCCAUUUUCCUGCACAAUGUGCAACACAAGUUUUCGCGACCGCUCGUCCUUGAGGAAACACAUAAAGACACACACCACUCAGAGUGUUUAAUUUACUUUUGUUGAUGUUAUUGAUCCCUGAAGGUACGUUCAGCGUUCACUCUGGUGGAAAGGCUGUGUUGCAUGCUUGAAACUGGGGGAUGUUUGUUUGCUAACGAUGGUCUGCUAUGAUAUGUUGUGGAAAAAGUCUUCAUCUAGUUUAUUUCCUAGAUUAUGAGAAUGCAGAAUUUUGACUAUUAAACUUUGAAACUGAUGUAUGGAAAUGUUUAUCAUUCUGGGGUUCCAGUCAGAAAACACCGGGCAACUUUAACGGUGGGCGUUGACGUGUUCAUUUGUGCAACUACUGGAAUCCUACUUGGAUGCAGAAGGAGACAUGUGAUUUUCGUCCUGGUCUUGGAACUGUGGACCAGGUCUAGAG